CCCUUUAUAUUUAAAAUUACAGCUGCAUUACAAUAGAGUACUGCCUUAAAGAUAAUCAAUAUAUAAGUGUUAUUAUUAUUAUUAUUAAUUGUCUGGAUUUCUAAUGUUAAAAUCGAACUAAAAACAGUUGUCUUGGCUUACAACUAAACCUGAGCACUCAUACAUCUUCUAAAGGUGUAGUAAGUGAUGUAAAGGGAGUGUCCCCUGCAGGCCCCGGGGCCCAUCCACACACAGACACUGCUCAUUUAAACCACUUCACUGUGGAGCAAGCAAAGACAGUCUGCAUUAAUGAUGAGAAACACAUCCACAGGUUCCUGCGGGUCACAUGGCACGAACCACGCGAGGAACUCUGGGAUAGCAAGCAGCUCGACGAGCUCCACUCAACCAGACCUUCAUCAUGUGGCUGCUUUAAAGCACUGCGCUCAAUCAGAGCGACUCCUGCGGUUCGUCCAGAAGGCGGAAGUGCGAAUUAACUCCGCCCACAACAAAGAUGGCGUCUCCCACGGAACACGAGGAUUCAUGUGAACAAGAGGAGGCUGCAGAGGAGCCCAAAACACCGAAGAUCCGGGACACUCCUGAGGAUAUCAAACUAGAGGCCAUCGCCAACACGAUCGCCUUUCACCCGAGCCGAGACAUCCUGGCAGCGGGAGACAUCGACGGAGACAUCUACCUAUUCUCAUACUCCUGCACCGAAGGAGAAAACCGAGAGCUGUGGUCAUCAGGACAUCACCUGAAGUCCUGCAGGAAAGUGCUGUUCUCCGCCGAUGGACAGAAGCUCUUCAGCGUGUCUAAAGACAAGUCCGUUCACAUCCUGGACGUGGAGGCUGGGAAACUGCUGACACGCAUCCCCAAAGCUCACAGCGCCCCCAUCAACGCCCUGCUGCUGGUGGAUGAGAAUAUCUUUGCGACGGGUGACGACGAGGGGACGCUGAAGGUCUGGGACGUGAGGAGAGGAACCUCGUUCAUGGAUCUGAAGCAGCAUGAGGAUUAUAUCAGUGACAUCACCAUCGACGAGAACAAACGCACCCUGCUCACCUCCAGUGGCGAUGGCACUAUGGGAGUGUUCAACAUAAAACGACGGAGAUUUGAGCUGCUUUCCGAGUUCCAGAAUGGAGAUCUCAACUCUGUGUGCAUCAUGAAAAGGGGCCGUAAAGUGGUUUGUGGAUCCGGCGAAGGCAAGAUAUACAUCUUUAACUGGAAUGGUUUUGGAGCCACGAGCGACAGGUUUGCGGUUCAGGCCGAGUCUGUGGACUGCAUCGUGCCCAUCACUGACAGCAUUCUGUGUGCCGCGUCCACCGACGGCGUGAUCAGGGCUGUGAGUGUCCUGCCCAACCGUGUCCUGGGCAGCGUCGGGCAGCACCUGGGCGAGUCCAUCGAGGAGAUCGCUCGCUCCAGAGACACGCGCUUCCUGGCCAGCUGCGCUCACGACCAGCUCGUCAAGUUCUGGGACAUCUCCAGCUUACCGGACACCAGAGUCAGCGACUACCGGCGGAGGAAGAAGAAAGACAGACGCCUCAAAGCUCUGAGCAACAAAGCUUUCGACACAGGACAGGACUUCUUCUCUGGCCUUUUAGACUCGACGGAAGAGAACAGGAAAGAAGAAGAAGAAGAUGAUGAUGAUGAAGAUGAGGAGGAGGAGGAGGACAGUGGGAGCGACUGAAAUACUUCUGCAAUACUGUGUUGUAUAGUUCAUGUAUGUUUUCUGAAACAGUUUCAUUAUAUUAUAUGCUAUUACACAUGUAUUUAUGUAAUUUUAUAAUACAUGCAGUGCUGUCAUUAACUUUGUUACAUUCCUUGGCCAAGAAACAACAAAUAAUAUGUUCAAAGUGUUUGAAACUGAAGAUUAUAUCAUGUUUCGUGUUCUACUCCUCUAAGGAGCACAGCACUAGUCACUAAAAUAUAUUUUUUCUUUUGCAAUUGAGGUGCGAGAUUUCAUUGCAAUAAAAUGUAUGCAUUUAGCAGAUGCUUUUAUCCCAAGCGA